AAUCAAUAUUAAUGAACCACCCCUGCGAGGGAAUAAAUAGCUCUGUACGGCUCUCUGGCCAGUCCAAAUUCAAAAAGGUUCCAACCACACACCAGAGGAUGCAUCACGACGACGGCUUUGUCUACUGCUAUGGAAAUCUGUACGGCCUGCUGCUGUACUGGGGAUUGGUCACAUUUCGGGUACAGAGCCCUGUCCAAGGCGGAGCCGCCUCAACCCGGUGGACAGUGGUGUAUGCCCUGUUAACUCGCCUUCUGGUGGUAUCCUGCUUCCUGGGCAGCGUUUUUGUUAAGCUGAGGGAUCCAGAGAUGGCGGCUGCCAUGUUUAGUCACCUCACGCCGCUGGUUAAGGCUAUCUUUACGUGGGAGUGCCUCAGCUGCUCCAUAACCUACGUGGAGUACUGUCUGUCGAUGGAUGCGCAGAGGUGCAGGCACCUGCGUCUAGUCGCCGCCCUGCAAGGGUUCGAUCGGGACGUAUCGCAGCAGUUUCCUCGGGUUAAGUGGAACUACCAACGCACCCGAUGGAAGUAUUGGUAUGGCACCGUAAUCGUGGGCUUCUGUUUCUUUUCUUUCACCAUUUCGCUGAUCUUUGACACGGUGCGUUGCACCUGCGGCAUCCCGUCCACCUUGCUGAUGGCCUUCACCUACACCCUGCUGACCGGUUCCGUUGGACUAGUGGGAUUCGUUCACAUUGCCAUCAUGGACUUUGUGCGUUUGCGCAUGAGACUGAUACAGAAGCUACUGCAGCAACUGUAUCAAGAGGGCAACGGUGCCAGCCAGCGGGAACUGCACGAUCGGAUUGCCCACCUGUUUGUGAUGUCCAAGCGCUGCUCCUCCCUUCUCGCGGAGCUAAAUGGUGUGUUUGGAUUUGCCGCUGCCGCCGGUAUCUUCUACGACUUCACUAUUAUGACCUGCUUUGUGUACGUCAUCUGCCAAAAGCUGCUCAGCCGGGAGUCCUGGGACCUGGAAUAUACUUUCAUGCUGCUCCAUGUGUCCAUACAUUCAUAUAAGGUGAUCAUCACCAGCGCCUACGGUUAUUUGCUGCAACGAGAGAAGCGCAAUUGUCUACACAUGCUAGGCAACUAUGCAAGCCACUUUCCUGGUCAUGAUAUGGCCCGGUUGCAGACGGAAGACUUCCAGCACUGGCGCAUGCACAAUCGGCAGGCGGCUCUGGUGGGCAGUAGUAUUCACUUGAAUAUAUCUACUAUUUACCUGGUAUACAAUGGCAUGGCGAACUAUGUGAUAAUCCUGGUGCAGUUACUAUUCCAGCAGCUACAGAUCAAGGAGCGUCAGCAAAACUUGCCCAGGGAUGUGGACAUUGUGGGUCAUAUUGGGUCUAUUACUCACAUGGACUAA